UGAAGACCAAGAAUCUGGGCGAAGGAGUCGAUCCGCCGUUCUCGGAGAAGCGUCGACUACUUUGGAGAUUGAUCGAUUGAUCGGUGCAUCGGCCGCACGUCGGCCGGGGGCGGAGAUAUGAGCGGGGACGAGAACACCUCCGACGAGUCUGUGAUUGGCCUCGAAGAGUAUGACGCGGAGCGGCAGGACAGCGCUAAUGAGCGGGCCGUCAUCAGCGCCUCGGUGGAGGACCUAAAGGCCGACAUGGCGGCGAGGUUCGCGGAGGUGCUAGAAGCUGUGCGUGCUCGGGGCGGCGGUGCCGCCGCUGGUGACGCUGCCGGAGUUGCACCAGCGCCCAUGUAUGGGGGCACGAGUGCAGCUGCCGGGGUGGCGCCGGCGCCCAUGUAUGGGGGCGCGAGUGCGGCUGGUUCCUCGGCCGACUACGGGUUACACCGCGUGGAGUCGAGUCCCGGGUUGCUGCAGGGCGCUGGUCUGUAUGGCAGUGGGGGCGGCUUAGGCUUCACUCCCGCGAUUUCGUUCCCGUUUGGAGCGGGGGGCCUUAACAUGGACUCCGGUGGAUACGGGACGGGAACGAGGGUGUUGGAGGCGGCAUCGCAAGCGCGGCUGGAUCGUGUCGAAGCCUCGUUCCAGACGGCCAUCGACGACGUGGCGCGGCACGCUCGGGAGAAUUACGCGGCCAUCCAAGCGCAGCACAACCGAGACAUCUUCUUUGAGAUGUUCGCGGACGAGAUGCAGCGGCGCUUCGUUCUGCCUCCGCCGUCGGAGGGUCUUUCGCCCCCCCCCCUCCCGGGUUUCCCAAACAUCGCGGCGUAUCUCCGGUCGGGAGGGCUGAUCAAUUCUGCUGUGCAAGGCAAGUCCGGCCGUUCGUCGGCCGCCGCAGCGGAUGCCGGGGGGACGGGCAGCGCAACCAAGGAGCAGGGGGUGUGCUACAAGUUCCAGAAAGACGGUAACUGUCGGUGGGGGAAGAAGUGUAAGUUCGCGCAUGUGGCGCCACGGAAGGCCGGCCGAAAGGGAGGAAAAAGAGGGGGCGCGGCUGGCGGCGGCGCCGAGGAUGGCGACUCGAAAGGUAGCCCCUACACCGCCGCCGACACCAACGCCUCUGCCGCCGCCGCCCCAGCGAAGGGGGGCAAGGGGGCUACGGCCGUGACGAUGACUCGCAGCAGUGCGACGGGCGGUGCCGGCGGCGGCGCGAAGGACGAUGCUGAAGAAUAG